CGCGGCGUGGGGUGGCCCCGCAGCCCCCGGGCCCAGGCCGGCCGCACGUUCCCUUUAAAUGCAGCCGGCGGGGAGCUGUCCGGGCUCCGGGCGCUGCCUGGCUUCCUGCAGGAUGGAGCCGGGCGGAGGAGGCGGAGGGGGGGCCCGUGCUAAUUACAUAAGCAAAACGUAAAUAAUUCGCGGGAAAAAGUGAAAAAGAUGGCGCCCCGCCUCACCCGCCUGCAGCGCCGCUAGCCGGGGAGCAGCCGGCGCGCCCGGGGGCGGCAUGGGGGGGACCCCGCGCCCCAGGCACUGAGCCGCCCGCGGGCAGCGCCCCAAGGACCUGGCGGAGCGUGUCUGCUGAGGCUCAUGGAGAACGGCACACACAACCCAAUCAUCCGAGAUGUCUAUGCAGCUGCCAGCCACCUGCAACAAGCAGCCGUCAACUCUUCUGCGAAUGGGAGUGGCUGCAAAGAUCUGAUGGUCAAACUGACUGAGGGGCAGUAUGUGCUUUGCAGGUGGACUGAUGGACUCUAUUACCUUGGAAAGAUCAAGAGGGUAAGUGGCUCUAAACAGAGCUGUCUUGUGACCUUUGAAGAUAACUCCAAGUACUGGGUCCUUUGGAAGGAUAUUCAGCAUGCUGGUGUCCCCGGAGAAGAGCCAAAGUGUAACAUCUGCCUGGGAAAGACAUCAGGGCCCCUGAACGAAAUCCUCAUCUGUGGAAAAUGUGGUCUAGGCUAUCACCAGCAGUGCCACAUCCCGGUGGUGGACAGCAGCGACGGCCCCGUGCUGACGCCCUGGUUUUGUCGGAGAUGUAUAUUUGCCCUGGCUGUACGGAAAGGUGGCGCCCUGAAGAAGGGAGCCAUCGCCAAGACGCUGCAAGCCAUCAAGAUGGUGCUGUCCUACAACCCGGAGCAGCUGGAAUGGGAUUCUCUGCACAGGACCAAUCAGCAGCAGUGUUACUGUUACUGCGGGGGGCCUGGCGAAUGGUACCUGAAGAUGCUGCAGUGUUACAGUUGCAGGCAGUGGUUCCACGAGGCCUGCACACAGUGCCUUAGCGACCCCAUGAUGUUUGGAGACAGGUUUUAUGUUUUUUUCUGUGCGGUGUGUAACCAGGGGCCAGAAUACAUCAAGCGCCUGCCCUUGAGAUGGGUCGAUGUUGUCCACCUGGCCCUCUAUAAUCUGGGCGUGCAGAGCAAAAAGAAGUACUUCGACUUUGAGGAAAUUCUAGCCUUUGUAAAUCACCACUGGGAUCCUUUACAGCUCGGAAAGCUGACCAGCACUCCGGCCUCAGAACGCGCUCCACACCUGCUCAAUGCACUCAACAGCUACAAAAGCAGGUUUCUGUGCGGUAAGGAAAUCAAGAAGAAGAAAUGCAUCUUUCGCCUGCGAAUUCGUGUCCCGCCAAACCCCCCAAGCAAGCUCCUGCCAGAGAAGGUACCAGGUUUGGGUGAGAAUGGAGCUUCUGAGCUGAAGAAGAGAGGAAAAAGCAAAUACGCCCAUAAAAACGGUUUGCUGCCUCAUGAAUUUCAACAGCAGAAAAGGCGAGUUGCUAGAAGAAAAAGAUCAAAAUUUUUGUUGGAGGAUGCUAUUCCCAGUAGUGACUUCGCCUCGGCUUGGAGCACAAACCACCACCUGGCCAGCAUAUUUGACUUUACACUGGAUGAAAUUCAGAGCUUAAAAAGUGCCAGCUCAGGGCAGACUUUUCUUUCUGACCUGGAUUCCACAGAUGCUGCCAGUACAUCUGGCUCUGCGACAACGAGCCUGUCUUAUGAAUCGAGCAGAAGGAACGUGGGCAGCAGGAAACGAAAGUUGGCGGCUAAAGCCUACGCCCCAGUGGGGGGGAAGAGAAAAGGCAUUGAACAAGGUGGGCCCCUGAAUGGCUGCGCCUCAGAGAGCAGUGAGGCGGCCUGUGCCCCGGAACGCCAGGAUGACGGGAUUGACAGCCACACCUUGGAGAGCAUCAGCGAGGACGACUCCUCCCUCUCCCACCUCAAGUCCUCCAUCACCAACUACUUCGGAGCAGCUGGCAGGCUGGUGUGUGGGGAGAAGUACCAGGUGCUAGCCCGCAGGGUGACUCCGGAGGGCAAAGUCCAAUACCUGGUGGAAUGGGAAGGCACCACCCCAUAUUGAUCCCUCUGGCUUGGACCAGCCUGGGGAACCUCUCCUAGAAUUAAAUAGAUCUAUCAAUCAAACACCACCCAUGACCUAAACCAAAAGAGGCAAGGGAUGUGGAUGAGCAGGGCUCCCGUGCUGGCCGUGCACCGAUGGGAGAGAGCUUUGACAGCUCUCCUGACGCUUACAGUGAGUUGUGCAGGCGAGGUUUGAAAGGAACACUUACCGGUCUAGGGAACUGUGAAGGACUUAGGACAGGGUAUAGCAGAGGCAGUUGGACAUGGCAAUUACAUCCAAACUUACUGUGAGCUGUGGCAUCGGGUGGCUAAAACUGAUAGAGUUCUUGUUUUUAAUGAUGGUUAUUUUAUCGGUCAUUUGUAUAUACAACUGGCAUCGCCUAGUUACGCUUCCCCGAGGGACCCUUUGGCUAAGCCAAAGGAGCGAUCUUUGUGGAAGAGAGCAGUUAAUGAUAUGGCUUUUCAUUGUGAUACUCUGCUACGCCAUAGAGGCAUGGUAGGCCUGUCCGAACCACCCAGCAUCUGGCUGAUGUCUGAUGGAGUAGCUCUUGUGUUGCGAGGAAAGCAAAGAGGGAAGUUUGAGUGGAGAAAGGAAAACCAAUCUGUAUAGAGCUCAAACCAUCAUCCCCUCUAGUAACAAUAAAAAUGCUCUUAGGCAGAAGAACCACAUCUAAGUCCACCAGUGUCUUACGAUCACAUACGAGCCUUAAAUAACAGACCAGAUUGGUCUUAUUACUAAAGCAGAAAGCACCUACGUAACCAGUUCUAUAAUGCCUAAGCGCCCAAAUAUCACAUUCUUGUGCUGAUAGAAAAUGCUGGCCAAAGCAAUUAUAUAGUAUUUACCUCCUCAUCAUAGACCCAUUCAUUAAUGGGAUAUAUACAUACGUACACUUUUAGGCCAUUCACUUCCAGCCUUUCCAGCCACCGGAUAGAUUUACAUUACAGUUGCUCUUGUCCCAUGAUAUUAAGAUGUCAAAGGAUGCAGCAGCUCCAUUUGCUUAUUCUUUUGACAAUCACAGUCUUGGAAUGAAUCAGACAAAUGACGUGAGCUUGCCUUAAAACCAAGGAGGGCAUUGUUUUGCACUGAUGGCAUCUUAACUGAAAUGGAACCAUGGGCAUUUAUUUUUGUAAAGAUCAUUUUGUUGAAUGCUGCCAAAUGAGUAGACAAGCCAAAAAAACCAGCCAAACAAAAAGCAAAACAAAGGAAAAGUGGCUGUGUCUCUGUGAAUGAAAGAGAGAUGUUUGUGUUGGGGGAGGGAAUUUCUGUUGCUGCUGCUUUUGGAUACAUAACAAUACAUAUUGCUGUUUGUAUUACCUGACAUAUACCAGCUGAACCAAAUCUUUCUACUUAGCACUGCAUGAUCUCUGUCUUUGUUGCUCUUGCAUAUAUAGUGGAAGAAGAGGAUGUAGCCUUGCAGGGCAAGGAAGGGGAGGCAAUGCAGUAACUUAAGAAUCGGAAGAACGAAUGUAAUAAAUUAUUGGAGGGCGAGCCAUGUUUUCCAUUAUUGGGAUUCAGAAAGUGACUUGCUAAGCUGAAUUCUGGGAUUCAGUUUGCCUACCCAAUAAUAAAAAAAUUGCCACUCUUGUCUAAUAUAAAGUGAUAUUGUCAGGUAGCUUAGACACAAUCUAGGUUGUUUUAAAAUAUAUCUAUACUUUUACAAACUCUAAUAUCAGUAGAAAUGUUUUAGAUUUUUCUUUUAAACAUUCAGUGAAAAGUUAUCCACACUUUAUAGCCUGGUGGUGGAGAACCCAGAGUGAAACUGACAAUAAACAAAAGGGACAAGGUGGGUGAGGGAAUAUCUCUUUUUAUUGAACCAGCUUCUGUUGGUGAAAGACAAGCUUUUGAGCUGCGUAGAGGUCUUUUUCAGAUGACCUGAAGUUGGUCUGAUACAAGAUACAACUUCACCACACUUGUCUCUCUAAUACCCUGGGCCCAACCUGACUAGAGCCACACUGUGGAUAAACAACAGUGAAACUGACAACUCUCCUUUCAUUGUCCAAACUGAGUGAAGUGCUAAAAUUUAAACAUCAUAAAGGCGAAAAAAGCAAACUAGAGUUUGCAAAUUCUUUCACCUUUAUUAAUCCCUAAAGGACAUGGUUUUAACAGUGUGAAUGAUUUUAUGACCUGGCUGUUGCAAGAUGAACUGAAAAGCUCAUUUUAUUGAAAAAACUUUAUUUAAGAUCCUCAGUCAAUCAGCGUGUGAUUCUCCCCUAACUGUCACGGAUGUAAAUCAAGAGUUCAAAACAGGUGAGAGGAAAAUUAGGCUCCAUUUUUAAGCAGAAAUCCCAUAAUAAAAGCAGCAUUUCUUCACUGGCAUCCAAAUGAAUGGCACAAUAUUGCCUUAACAGAACAGGUUAAAGUUACAAACCGAAGGCCAAAUUAUAUGAUCCUUAACAAAGUAAAACUCCCAUUGACUCCAUUCUUCAAAUAACACCGUGGAUAAUCCAGGUUGUUGGGGGGUAGUUGUUUUUAAUUGUAGUUUCCCUCCCCCGCAAAUCUGAAUUAAGAUCUCUGUAUUUCUGUAGUCUGAGUUGAUUAUAUGGGUGAGACCCAGAAUGGUGCAUACAGCUCCUUGCUGUCCUUUGAGUGUUAGAGAUUUUUGGGCCGGAUUCUCACUGGAUGCACCAGUGUAAAUUUGAAGUAUUUACGUUGCCUUCAGUGGAGUUUUUCAAGAUUAUCCCAGAGUAACUAGGAUCAGAAUCUGGCCUGUUAUCAGCUGCUGUAGCAGAAGCAGAUUAGUCUGAACAUCCGUUGUAGCAGGGUUUUUUUUUAAAAAAAGUCUUUCAGUUAAUCUGUCAGAAAUGAUCUGGCGACACCUCGAUGGAAAAGCUGCCACCUGUUUGUAAAAUGUGGAGUCUGUCGUUGGGACUGGAUUUGAAUCCAGCGAAUGGAAACUGUGACUUUAAAAAGUCGAUCUGUAGUACAUCUCUACUGUUAAAGUAACAUCUCACCCCUGAGGCUUGGUCUACACUACCGUCUUAUGUCAGUAUAGCCCCAUCGCUCAGGGGGGUGGAAAAGCCACACCCUGGAGCGCUGCAGUUAUACGGCUCUAACCCCCGCUGUCGACAGUGCUGUGUGGACGGGAGAGCUCCUGUCAACACAGCCAAUGCUGCUCAGGAAGGUGGAGUUCCUACGCCAAUGGGAGAAGCUCUAAGUGCUACAGUGGCAUAGCUGUGCUGUCAGUAUAGACAAGCCCUUAGUCAAGUGCACAGAAAGCAUUAUAAGACUCUCCCAAUUACGCAGGUUUUGAGUGAAAAGAAACUGACUUGGCUCCUGAACCUGCAUCAGAUCUGUGAGGGCAUGUGCCCAUGGGUCUGCUUGUGUGGAUCCAAUUGUAGGACUGGGGUCUUUCUAUGCAUAGCAGUAAGUUUUUUGGUCUCUUGGGACAUGAUCCAAACCCCAUUGGAAUCAAUAGGAGUCUUUCCACUGACUUCAACAGAGUUUGCGUCAGGCCGUAUAUAAUUUUAUAUACUGCAGCCUUUGAGCACAAAAGCUAGUUGUGGGUUUUUUUGUUUGUUUUUUUGCUGUUUCCAAAAGCUAGGCUUUUUUUUAAUGAUUCGAAGUACUGGAGCUUUUUCAUGUCCUGUGAAAUACAUAAGUGCUUUGAAUGCAAAGAGGCAAUAUGAAAAAGAACCUUUAUUGAAUCUGCUCCUUGUUUUCAGCACAUAUUCAGGAGCCCCAGGAAAACCAAGAGAUUUUGAGGCUUUCAGCUUAGAAAUGAUCAGGGGUGGGAGAGGGGGGACAUAACCCUAUUCCUUCUGUAUUUGAAAUGUAGGCAUUAGAGUUGGGUCAAUACCCAUCGCCUUUCAGAGGGGAAGUGAAAGAGACAAGACCCUGACUCUGCCAUGAGCUCCGCAUCACUUGUCAACUUCUGUAGGUUCUGCCUGUAUGGAGCUUAUAACAUGGUUGGGGAAUUAGUAUUUAAGAUCUUAAAUCAGAAACAGAAUACAUGUGCAUGCCGAAAUUGCAUGCAACUCCCCUUGAAAAGACAGUAGCAGAAAGUCAGUUCCUCUGUUACUUACCUGCCAAGACGAGAGAAGUUUGCAGAGCUGGGGUCCAGGGGUUCAGGCUUGGCUUAGAGCAGUGUGGGGGACUCAGCUCCCUGAUCUGCUCUGGGUGUUGGUGGAGUGAUCAGCUGAUGCGCAAUGAAUGAAUCCUGAUCUUGCCAGGUGAGGCCUUUCUGUUCAUCUCUCAAUUGUGUUUCCUCCCCUUUGGAAGCCACAGAAUAGGCAGCGCAGUGACACCAAGAGGCUCAGAAAGCCAUUGCACACUUCAGGAAUGUCCGUGCCCCAGUGUGCUGCGGGUGUAUGCUUUUUAUUUCAGGCCCUGCAAACCAACCAACCAACCUUCCCCACCCCCACAUCUAUUCCAGAGUGGGGAAUGUGGAGCCUUUAAAAACGCUUUGUUCCAGAGGAUGUGUUGCAUUAGUUCUAAUAGAUCUUAUAAUGAUUCUGUGCACCUUCUAAAGAUUUAUGAUGUCAAGUUGCUGCUUUUAAUAACCAACUUUUGUUAUAUUCAAGUUGUAAUUAAUAUGUCUGAUGUACAAUUAAAAAGUCUUUUUUAACAUCA